AUGGCCGGAAGUGGUGUGCCUCCGUCUCAUCUGAAAAGGCGGGUGGAGGGAUCCGUGGGUGGGCCCAGGGUUUAUCUUGAAAUUGAGGUGCGCGCUAAUAAGUACCAGACCCUCGUUGAAUACACUUUUUCCUGUCAUAGCACGGUGUCGGAGACAACCAUUGAUGAAAAACCCCUCCGCAAUAGCCUAAGGAGAUUUGCGGCGGCUGCGGGCUAUCCGUUAGUUGGAUGCGGUUCUGGCCGGGGCGCCGUAUCCACAAGGGAAUCACAGGUAUAUUGUAAUUCGGAAAGAAUGAAGGAUGACUCAGCUACAAUUUCGCGUAAUGCGUGGGCAGACUUGGAGAUUCAGCGAAGACUUCAUAGAAAAUGCUCGGAGCAUGGACGACUGUUCGACCACUGCAAGAGAUAUCGCUAA